AUGUAACCGUUCUGCAGAGUGUUCUCUUGCUGCACCACCGCACUCGCGUCUGGCUGUUUUGCCUCAGGGACUUGAUUUUGUUUGCCAACGGACAUGGCCCCAGUCAUUCAUUCAGAUGAUGCCAACAAGGAGGGGAAGGAAUGUACCGCUGCACGACCGAAGGGUUUGGAGACCAUCGCACCUCUGGUCUGCUCUGCCGAGGAGAGCCCUGAUCCAAUCCGUGCUGAGGUACAAGGGACCAUUCCCGACUGGCUCAACGGCAGCCUGCUCCGAAACGGCCCAGGCAAAUUUGAGUUUGGAGACACUCACUACAACCACUGGUUUGACGGGAUGGCCAUGCUGCACAAGUUCAAGAUGGAGAAAGGCCAAGUGACGUACACGAGUCGGUUCCUGCGCAGCGACGCCUACAAGAAGAAUAGCGAGCGGGAUCGAAUCAUGGUGUCUGAAUUUGGUACCGUCACAAUGCCUGACCCUUGCAAAAACAUCUUCCAGAGAUUCUUCUCUCGUUUUGAAAUGAUAAAGCCCACAGACAAUGGAAAUGUCAACUUCAUAAAAUACAAAGGAGACUAUUAUGUCAGCACAGAGACCAACUUGAUGCACAAAGUCAACCCAGAGAACCUCGAAACACUCCAACAGGUCGACUGGAGUAAGUUUGUUGCUGUGAAUGGAGCCACUGCCCACCCUCACUACGACCCUGACGGCACCUGCUUUAACAUGGGCAAUUCCUAUGGCGGCAAAGGAACUACGUACAACAUAAUUCGUGUACCUCCUGAGAAGUCAAACGCCCAAGACACCCUGCAAGGCGCCAAAAUUCUCUGCUCCAUCGCGCCUGCUAACAAGUCCCAACCGUCCUACUACCACAGCUUUGCCAUGUCCAAGAACUAUGUGGUGUUCAUUGAGCAGCCAAUUAAAAUUGACCUGAUGAAGAUCGUCACAUGUAAGAUGAGGGGAAAGGCUUUCAGCGAUGCUGUUUACUGGGACCCCAAGCUGGAAACCGUCCUGCAUCUUAUUAAUAAACACACAGGCGAGGCCAGCCCAGUGAAGUACUUUGCCAAAGCUUUCUCCAACUUCCAUCAGAUCAACGCCUUUGAAGAGGACGGCUUCUUGAUAUUGGACUUGUGUUGCUCAGACGAUGGCCAAGCCCUCGACAUCUACUGCCUUCAGAAUUUACGCAAGUCGGGAGAGGCGCUAGAUGAGGUGUACAACAAGAUGAGCAGAGGUUUUCCUCGCCGCUUUGUUUUACCCAUGUACGUGACAGAAGACACGCCGACCGAUCAAAACCUGAACACUCGUCCUUCCAGUACGGCAACAUGUGUCAAAAAGAGCAACACGAGGGUAUUUUGCCAACCCGAGGAUCUCCAUGGCGAUGACCUCUCGCAGUACGGCGGCCUGGAGUUCCCCCACAUCAACUACGAGCGCUACAACACCAAGCCUUAUCGCUAUUUCUACGGAUGUGGCUUCAGACACAUGUUUGGAGAUUCGCUUCUUAAGAUGGACCUCAAGCACAAGACGCUUAAGGUGUGGUACCAGAAGGGUCUCUUCCCAUCGGAGCCGGUAUUUGUGCCCUCACCAGAGGCCGUGGAGGAGGACGACGGUGUCAUCCUCUCUGUGGUUCUCUCCCCCUCGCAGGAUAAAGGCACCUUCCUUCUGGUUUUGAAUGCCAAGACCUUUGAGGAGUUGGGAAGAGCCAAUGUGGCUGUCAACAUGCCCUACGGCUUCCACGGUGUCUUCAGCGCAUCUGUUUGAAUGAAUAUGUGACAUUAAUGACAUCAAUAAUAACAUUAUUAAUCCAAAAACACUAAGUAAGUACGAUGACAUAUAUGUUUGUAUUGUAUUGAGGGUAGUGGGCAGAUUUGCCACUUUAUGCCUUACAAAGCUACACUGCUCUGUUACCAAAUGAAGACAAUUUUUAUUGUGCCAGUUUUUUCAUUUUUUUUAAUGAUUAUUAGUGACACGGUUUUUGUAUGAGCGCAAAACUACUACACCUCAAAUACACCACCAGCCUUCCUUAUACAAAUGUGCUUUCAAACAAUAUAAUUUGCCAUACUUUGUGUAUCUUUUCUAUACAAUUCUGAAUAAAAUUAAAUGAAAGUCA